UUCAAAAACUAAAAUUAAACAAGAACCAUUGGAUACUGGAUAGAGAAACUUCACCUUGUGCAGUUACUCCCAAACUGCACAAGAUCCUCUUCCCAAACAAAGCCUAGGAAUUUGUGCCGUCCCAGUAAAUGUUAAUAACCAUGACUCAUGAAUGAAUCAUGUCAUAAUCCAACAGAACAGAACUAGUACCAUGUUGCUGUCACAAGCCAAACUGCACAACAACAACAACAUCUCCAAUGCCAUUAACAUGAUUAUGAAGAAGAAGGGUAAUAACAAUAACAACAAUCAUUGUUCACCUGCUAUACUUUAUCACUACCCUUGCCCUGAUGGUGCUUUUGCUGCCCUUGCUGCACAUCUUUACUUUAAGGCCACUUCAUCAUUCUCUCCUCUUUUCUUUCCCAACACUGUCUUCAACCCCCUCAGUGCUGAAGAUCUUCCUCUGAAUGAAAUUGGUGAUCUUUAUCUCUUAGAUUUUGUGGGGCCCGAUGGGUUUGUUCAGGAAAUCUCCACCAAAGUUCCAAGGGUGAUUGUUUUGGACCAUCACAAAACUGCUCUUGAGAGGCUAGGCAAUGAGGCUUCACUUGGUGAGAAUGUGGUUAAGGUUAUUGACAUGGAGAGGAGUGGGGCUACUAUUGCUUUUGAUUACUUCAAAGAUAAGAUUUUUAGUCCUGAUGUUGCGGUUAAGCACCCCUCAAUUCUCGAAGAAUUCGAGCGUGUCAGGAAACUUUUUCUGUAUAUUGAAGAUGGGGACCUUUGGAGGUGGAGACUCCCGAACAGCAAAGCUUUUAGAAGCGGUUUGAAGGAUUUGGAUAUUGAAUUUGAUGCCAGGAAAAACCCUUCCUUGUUUGAUCAGUUGCUUUCACUAGACUUGGAUAAUAUUAUUAGUACAGGCACGGUGAGCUUAUCGGACAAGCAAAAACUAAUCGAUGAUUGUCUCAGAAAGUCAUAUGAAAUUGCCCUUGGGAAUGCUGAAUUUGGUUAUUGCCUGGCUGUCAAUGCGGAUACUGCUCUUUCAGAGUUGAGAAGUGAAUUGGGACAUCAAUUAGCUACUAAAAGCCAGAAAAUGAAUUUGAGGGGUAUUGGUGCUGUUGUUUAUAAUGUACCAGAGCUUGAAAAUGAUCAAAGGCUAAAAAUAAGUCUGAGGAGUGUGGAGAAUGAAGAUACCACGCCUAUCUCUCAGGAAUUUGGAGGUGGUGGACAUCGAAAUGCGAGCUCUUUUAUGUUAACAGCGGAUGAAUUUGAAAAAUGGAAGGUGUGAUCCGAUAUUUGCACUUGACAUGGGGAGAUGAAGGAGUAUACAAGAUGUGUCGUGUGAAAUGUUAGAUAGUUCUAUCAAUUAGUGUAUUAUGCAACUCUCUUAACUAUUUUUUGGGUAUCCAUGUAGUAGUUAUUUAUUCUAUUAUGUAAUGCAAAAUAAUGUUUGAAUAGUCCCUCCAAUCAUCUAGAUAUUUAUUUGGAUAAUGUUAAGUCUUGUCCAUGUAACAUUGUAGCAUUAGAAAUCAAUUGGUUUCGAAAUUAUUUGACUAAA